AUGAAAGAAGUGGUGAAGAAAGAAAUGAUUAAGUGGUUUGAUGCGGUAAUCAUAUUCCCCAUCUCUGACAGCAACUGGGUUAGCCCAGUUCAGUGUGUGCCAAAAAAAGGGAGGAAGUUAAACUUGGCUACUUGGAAAUACCAUUUCCCACUGCCAUUCGUUGAUCAGAUGCUGGAUAGAUUGGUAGGAAGGUCCCACUUUUGCUUCCUGGAUGGGUACUCGGGGUAUAAUCAGAUCUCUAUUGCCCCGGAGGACAGAGAGAAAACAUUGUUCACCUGCCCUUAUGGAAUCUAUACUUUUCGAAGAAUGCUGUUUGGCCUAUGCAACGCACCCACCACAUUCCAAAGGUGCAUGACGGCCAUCUUCACGGAUAUGGUAGAGGAGAUAAUGGAGGUCUUCAUGGAUGAUUUCUGA